UGCAGUUAGCCCGCCUCAGGUUACUCCGUUCCUUCUGACAGUUCCAAUGCUUGCAUGGAAGGCGCUUCUUCACAAAGCAACAAGUUCUCGUCCCUUGUGCGAACGCCUGUCAUGCCGAGACGGACAAUAUGACGAAGACUAAUACUCUAGUAGGCAAAGUAGGUCGGCUGAACUAGAGCAGAAUUCUUAAUGUCCAAGGAACUACGAUCUGAUCAUCUGCCUGAAGGCAAUAAGUAAAUACGUGGUAAUUGUGUGUGAAGAGCACUGGCGUUGUCUGACGGAGUGGGAGGAGCCAGACGGCGUUCGUGGCCUCGGGCACCUCGCUGGAUGUGAGAGGCUUCCUCCGCUAGGGUUGCUCAGUGGAAUUUUUGUCCGUCAUGUGGUAGGUUGUCUGUCGCUACCAUCUGUUUUGAUAUUGUGCUCGUUGUACGUGUGCCAUUCUAUAAUUUUGCUUCCAUUUUCCUCAAGGUUAAAAAGUCCUUGUGAAGUGUACAUAAUGUGAUUCGUUUGUUUUUCACGUGCUAAAGUGUACAGGCACCAAUAUAAGAAAUCAAAUUCAUCCAAAAGUGUUUGAUAUGGAAGGAGCUUUGGCAGUUUAAGAUGGCGAGAACUUCUAGGGCUGGGAGACUAAGCUGGGUAGCGGCGGCGGAGUUUUCGCUUCGCUGAAACUGCCGUCGUGGAUGCACGAUGAAGCCCAAAGCGUGGGCGUUGUGGGUGCUGCAAUGGAUGAUGAUAUCCAGGGUGAUGGGAGCCUCCGUUGGGGCGGCCAUCGACACUCCCGAUGACUGCCAGAUGACAGGUGCUGGAGGCGAUAAAGUUAGCCUCAUCUGUCGCCUAAGGACUAUCAACAGUGAACUAGAUACGACCAACUUCAGUGUCAUCCCAGCAAGAGUUACCAUCAGCCUCGAGGUCGAAUGUAGCGAUGUCCUAUUUUUCCAGAGCGCUCUUAGAAACAAGAGUUUCGUGCAGCUCACCAGAUUACGACAACUUCAGAUAGAAUAUUGCAAAAUCGGAGAAGUUCCUCGUGAUGCUUUCGCUGGACUCGGUAAUCUUCAGAAUUUAACUUUGAAAACCUUCAACACCGACUGGUCAGCUAUGACUCUCUCAAUUGCGCCAGACGCGUUUUACCAUCAGACAGUUCUAGAAAAUUUAGAUCUUGGUGACAAUAAUAUUUGGACUCUCCCACCCAGAUUAUUUUGUGGUCUUGGAAAUCUGACUAUGCUCAAUUUGUCUCGCAAUAGACUUCAGGAUAUUAACGACCUUAGUUUCAACAACGCAAUCAAAAAAUGUGCACCACGACUGAGGCAACUGGAUCUUUCUUUCAAUCACUUUAAUGUUGUGCCCCCGUUCGCAUUUUCUGCCUUAAAAAAUUUGACAUCGUUAAAUUUGAGUCUCAACGGAAUCCAAGAUCUUGCUGAUCAAGCUUUAUUUGGCAUGUACUCUCUGGAAGUCCUUGACAUUUCAGGCAACUUGCUCAGCACCCUUCCGCCCGAACUUUUCAAAGAAAAUAAACGCCUUACCAAGCUUUAUGCAAGGAAUAAUUCCAUAACAGUCUUAGCUCCUGGACUUUUUACCGGUCUCUACAUGCUACUUGAGCUCAAUCUUGCUGAUAAUGACCUCACUAACACUUGGGUGAACUCGGAGACCUUCAUGGAUCUUCUGCGACUAGCAAGCCUGGAUCUCUCCCACAAUAAAAUCAGUCGUCUCGACGCCGCGACGUUCAGGGAUCUCACCAACUUGCAGGUGCUGAACAUGGAGCGGAACCAGCUGGAAAGCAUCAAUGAUAACACCUUUUCCGGCCUCUUCCGCCUUCACACUCUCAUCCUCUCGGAAAAUCGUCUGAAGCUUCUUACCGACCUAACCCUCGAAGGUCUUGUUGAACUGGCACACCUCAGGCUGGACUUUAAUCAAAUUUUCAGUGUUGACAGCGAUGCACUUAGAAAUUCCACCAAGCUCAAAGACUUGCACCUUAGUAAUAACUACUUGCAGGAGGUGCCCUUAGUGCUCAAAAAGCUCAGAAAUUUGCUUAGUUUAGACUUGAGUGGUAACAGCAUUUCAGAAGUGAUGAAACGAUCUUUUAAAGACUUGCAGCAGUUGACGGUGUUGAAUUUAGCAAAUAAUGAAAUAGAAACUAUAUCAAAAGAAGUUUUUAAGUAUUUAGCUAUGUUAAGAGUUUUAAAUUUAUCGCAGAAUAAAAUACGUACAAUAGAAAAUGGUGCGUUUGAUCACAAUCACAACUUGAAAGCAAUACGUGUGGAUGACAACGUGUUAACGAAUGUCCACGGCCUUUUCUCGGACUUGUCGCAGCUCAAGUGGCUUAAUCUGUCCAAGAACCACUUAGAAAUGUUUGAUUAUGCAUUCAUCCCUUUAGGAUUAGAAUAUUUAGAUCUACGAUCGAAUCUAAUUAAUGAAUUAGGAAAUUAUUUCGAACUUGAAAGUCAACUUAGUUUGCGAAUUUUAGAUGCGAGUUUCAAUAAGUUACGGGAAGUAAGUUCCAGCUCGAUUCCCGAUUCUGUUGAAAUAAUUUUUCUCAAUAACAAUCUGAUCAGCCAAAUCCAACCUUACACAUUCUUCAAAAAGAAGAAUCUCACCAGGGUAGACUUAUUUUCUAACCUCUUGCAGCAUCUCGACCAAAACGCUUUGCGGCUCUCUGUUUUAGAACCUUCAAAAUCUCAACCUGAAUUCUACAUUGGAGAGAACCCAUUACAAUGUGACUGCACCCUUCAGUGGCUGCAAAAAAUCAACGGUCCUGAAGAAAUAAGGCAAACUCCAAGAAUAGUUGACUUAGCCGCCAUUACCUGCAGGCUGCUGAAUGCUAGAGGGCAAGGUCUGCUUUCACUCCUCGAGGUCCAUAAGCUUCAAUUCCUGUGCAAGUACGAGUCACAUUGUCCCUCUCUUUGCCACUGUUGUGACUUUGACGCGUGCGACUGCGAGAUGACUUGUCCCACGAACUGCACUUGUUUUCACGACGCCUCAUGGACCGCUAAUAUAGUCGACUGUUCUGGCACAAAGCUCGUCGCGGUACCAGACCGAAUCCCCAUGGAUGCGUCCGAAGUUUACCUUGACGGCAACAGUAUUGAAUCUCUCUCGAGUCACACUUUUAUAGGGAGAAAGAAUCUACAGGUUCUUUUCCUCAAUAACAGUAGCAUCAACACUGUUUACAAUAGAACCUUCAACGGGCUCAAACAAUUGCAGAUAUUGUACAUAAACGAUAAUAAUCUGAAAUCAUUGAAAGGAUACGAAUUCGAGAACUUGGUGCUGAUGAGGGAGCUUUACCUACAUAACAACCAGCUAAUGAGCAUCCAUAACACGACAUUCAGUACCCUGAUAGCUUUAAAAAUGCUUCGUAUAGACGGCAACUUGUUAUCAGUGUUUUCAUUCAACCAACUCAGCCCCAGUCUAAUUUCGAUCCGGAUCGGUCGAAACCCAUGGACUUGCGAAUGUUCUUUUCUGGACCAGCUGAAGUAUUUCUUGUUCGAAAAUGAAGAGCCUGGCAAAAUUUCGGUUGACUCCGAAGAAGUUUACUGUAUAGAGAACGGCACGAGCCUCGAAAGCGGUGAACAAAUUACUGCGUACAAUUCGUCAGAGUGUGGCACCAAGUACAUAGAGAAAACAACAUUAGUUCGGGAUAGAGACCCUAGCGAUAGCCAAAUUUUAGUUCCAGUAGCAACGUUGAGCGGCGUUGCCCUCUUUCUAUUGAUAUUUUUCUUUGUAUUUUGUAAUCGUAACAGAAUACGAGUUUAUAUGCACGCCAAGCAUGGCGUUCGACUGUUCUACAAAAAUGAUCGCAGUGAAGAUUCCAGUAAGGUGUUCGAUGCAUUCGUUAGCUACAGCUCCAAAGACGAAGUUUUCGUUACUCAAAUCUUAGCCCCUGAGCUGGAAAGAGGGAGUCCUUCCUAUAAGCUGUGCUUACACUACAGAGAUUUCCCUGUUGGUGCGUACGUCACUGACAGUAUUUUGAGCGCCGUCGAGUCUAGCAAGCGAACGGUGCUUAUUUUAUCCGACAACUUCAUUAAGUCGGAGUGGAUGCGAUACGAGUUCCGCUCGGCACACCACGAGGUGUUGCGCGAUCGUUGCCGCCGUCUCAUCGUUAUCCUUCUGGGUGAAGUUUCUAUGGGGGACUUGGACCCAGACUUGAGACUCUACCUGAAAACGAACACAUGGCUGAGGUGGGGUGAUGCCAAUUUCUGGCAUAAACUUAAAUUUGCGAUGCCAGACGCAAGACCGCCCUCUAGAACACACCAGCUAAGGGCAAUACAGCAGCAGGAGUGUCAGGAACAAUCCCCCAGUGAAACAGCUGUGUCCCAGACGAGCAUACCUGCCCAAACGACGUGUCAUUACACUUCACAGACUCAACCGCAACAAACUAUCAUCUUGCCUGACCAGCAACAAGUUCAGGAGAUCAACCUACAGCACAUCACCUCACAUCAGGCCCUUCAUCAGCAUGUGCAUCACGUGCAACAUCACAACCACAACCACAAUUCGGUGCGUCAUGCUCAUCAUCACCAUCAUAGACACAACAACUCUAAUAGUGGUUCCUAGCCACAAGCCUGCUGUGUCUGAUAGUGUCUAGUAGUUCUCAUUCUACUGUAGAUUUAGCCAUCUAUUGCCGAGUUUGGGCGAGUGCAUUUCUACUGUAGAUUUAGCCAUCUAUUGCCAAGUAAGGGGGGGGGUGAAUUUUGCCAUUUAUUGCCUAGUAAGGUAAAGGUGGCUGGAUUCAGCCAUUCAUUGCUAAGGAAGGUUGGCUGGAUUUAACCACGUUUUGCCAAGUAAAGGUUGCUGAAUUUUCUCGCUCAUAUCAAUGAGAUGAAACCCAAACGUUAAAUGUGGAGGAUAUUUUUACCUUUUUUUAGCUAGAGCAAUGGAUUUCGUUGGCUUGCUUCUUUCAUUAUGGUCUUAUUUUUUAAUAAAAAAUUAACUAAUAUCUUCGGAAACUUACUUGUGCA